AGGGAUUGGCAGAAAAGGGGGAAGGCAUUUCCUGACACCGACAGUCGCGCGUGCAUCAAAUUCAGCACCACAAGCUUGAGGAAAGCGCUUGGAUUUGAGCUAGCAAACGAUAUUUGAGGACACUCAACACGUACUAUUUGGGGAAUAUCGCCGUUGAACGUUCCGUCGGACCCACAGGAAGUGUUAGUUGCACCGGAAACCAUGACGUCUGCCACGUCCCCCAUCCUCUUGAAAUGGGACCCAAAGAGCCUGGAGAUCCGCACCCUGACAGUAGAGAGGCUGCUGGAGCCGCUGGUCACACAGGUGACCACCCUGGUGAACACCAGCAACAAAGGCCCGUCGGGGAAGAAGAAGGGGCGCUCCAAGAAGGCCCACGUGCUGGCCGUGUCCGUGGAGCAGGCCACCCAGAACUUCCUGGAGAAGGGUGAGCAGAUCGCUAAAGACAGCCAGGACCUGAAGGAGGAGCUCAUCGCUGCCGUGGAGGAUGUCCGCAAGCAAGGGGAGACCAUGCGCGUGGCCUCGUCGGAGUUCGCCGACGACCCCUGCUCCUCGGUGAAGCGCGGCACCAUGGUGAGGGCGGCCCGCGCGCUCCUCUCGGCCGUCACCCGCCUGCUCAUCCUGGCCGACAUGGCCGACGUCAUGAGGCUGCUGGCGCACCUGAAGAUAGUGGAGGAGGCCCUGGAGGGAGUGAAGAAUGCGACCAAUGAGCAGGACCUAGCCAACCGUUUCAAAGAGUUUGGGAAGGAGAUGGUGAAGCUCAACUAUGUGGCAGCUCGCAGACAGCAGGAGCUGAAGGACCCCCAGUGUCGGGACGAGAUGGCGGCGGCUCGCGGCGCACUGAAGAAGAACGCCACCAUGCUCUACACCGCCUCGCAGGCCUUCCUGCGGCACCCGGACGUGGCGGCCACGCGCGCCAACCGCGACUACGUCUUCAAGCAGGUGCAGGAGGCCAUCGCCGGCAUCUCCAGCGCCGCCCAGGCCAACUCCCCCGUGGACGAGAAGCACGGGCACGCCGGCAUCGGAGAGCUGGCCGCCGCCCUCAACGAGUUUGACAACAAGAUCAUCCUGGACCCGCUGACGUUUAGCGAGGCCCGCUUCCGGCCCUCCCUGGAGGAGCGUCUGGAGAGCAUCAUCAGCGGCGCCGCCCUCAUGGCCGACUCCUCGUGCACGCGGGAUGACCGCCGCGAGCGCAUCGUGGCCGAGUGCAACGCUGUGCGCCAGGCCCUGCAGGACCUGCUGAGCGAGUACAUGAACAACACUGGAAGGAAGGAGAAAGGUGACCCACUGAACUCGGCUAUUGACAAGAUGACAAAGAAGACCCGGGACCUGCGUCGACAGCUGAGGAAGGCGGUUAUGGACCACAUCUCCGACUCCUUCCUGGAGACCAACGUGCCCCUGCUGGUGCUCAUCGAGGCGGCCAAGAGCGGCAACGAGAAGGAGGUCAAAGAGUACGCCCAGGUGUUCCGUGAGCACGCCAACAAGCUCGUGGAGGUGGCCAACUUGGCGUGCUCCAUCUCCAACAACGAAGAGGGCGUCAAGCUGGUCCGCAUGGCCGCCACUCAAAUCGACAGUCUGUGCCCCCAGGUGAUCAACGCAGCACUCACCCUGGCGGCGCGGCCCCAGAGCAAGGUGGCUCAGGACAACAUGGACGUCUUCAAAGACCAAUGGGAGAAGCAGGUGCGCAUCCUCACCGAGGCCGUGGACGACAUCACAUCCGUCGACGACUUCCUGUCCGUGUCAGAAAACCACAUCCUGGAAGACGUCAACAAGUGCGUGAUCGCUCUGCAAGAGGGCGACGUGGACACCCUGGACCGCACAGCGGGGGCCAUCCGGGGCCGCGCAGCACGGGUGGUGCACAUCAUCAACGCCGAGAUGGAGAACUACGAACCGGGAGUGUACACCGAGCGGGUGCUGGAGUCCAUCAAGCUGCUGUCCGAGACCGUGAUGCCUCGCUUCGCCGAGCAGGUGGAGGUGGCCAUCGAGGCUCUGAGCACUGACCCCCCGCAGGCCUUCGAGGAGAACGAGUUCAUCGACGCGUCCCGCCUGGUGUACGACGGCGUCCGCGACAUCCGGAAAGCAGUGCUCAUGAUCAGGACCCCUGAGGAGCUGGAGGACGACUCAGACUUCGAACAAGAGGACUACGACGCCCGCAGCAGGACCAGCGUCCAGACCGAGGAUGACCAGCUCAUCGCCGGGCAGAGCGCCAGGGCCAUCAUGGCCCAGCUGCCCCAGGAGGAGAAGGCUAAGAUUGCCGAGCAGGUGGAGAGCUUCAGGCAGGAGAAGUGCAAGCUGGACGCCGAGGUUGCUAAGUGGGACGACAACGGCAACGACAUCAUCGUGCUGGCCAAGCAGAUGUGCAUGAUCAUGAUGGAGAUGACAGACUUCACCAGAGGGAAGGGCCCGCUAAAGAACUCCUCAGAUGUCAUCAACGCAGCGAAGAAGAUUGCUGAGGCAGGCUCCAGAAUGGACAAGCUGGCUCGCGCCGUCGCAGAUCAGUGUCCAGAUUCGGCGUGCAAGCAGGACCUUUUGGCCUACCUGCAGAGGAUCGCCCUGUACUGCCACCAGCUCAACAUCUGCAGCAAGGUCAAGGCCGAGGUGCAGAACCUGGGAGGGGAGCUCAUCGUCUCCGGGCUGGACAGUGCCACCUCCCUGAUCCAGGCGGCCAAGAACCUGAUGAACGCGGUGGUGCUGACGGUGAAGGCGUCCUACGUGGCCUCCACAAAGUACCAGAAGGUGUACGGCACGGCCGCCGUCAACUCCCCCGUGGUGUCCUGGCGCAUGAAGGCGCCCGAGAAGAAGCCGCUGGUGAAGCGCGAGAAGCCCGAGGAGUGCCAGACGCGCGUGCGGAGGGGCUCGCAGAAGAAGCACAUCUCGCCCGUGCAGGCGCUCAGCGAGUUCAAGGCCAUGGACUCCUUCUAGAACGCUCCGGAAACGAAAGAGCGGCGAAAAAACAACACCAAACCCAGCACGAGACGAGACGACGAAACUACGAAACAGAAAAAAACGUGAAAAAAAUGACGAAAAAAGUCACAGAACGAGAGAAGAAACGUCCCUUUUUACUAUGUGUUGAUCCGCCUUUGUUUGUUUUUUGCCGUGCGCGUGCAUCGGCGACGCCCUGUGGGGAGGACUAGAGUUCCCGCCAAAAAAUAAAGCGGUACGCAGCGGCAGCGGCUACCGUGAACAGAGGAAGUGUCGCCCAGCGGUGCAGGCGAGAAACACGCACUCCCUCUACUAUUUAUUACUGUCCUUAUCGUAGCUUCAUGUGUGCGAGCCAAACCCGUGUGUCACUAGAAGAGAACAUUUUAAGAAAAGGAAGGAAAUGUGGAAGAUGAUAAUAAUGAUAAUAACAGUAAUACAAGAGAGCGCAUCGGAAGGAGAGGAACGGCGAUUGUAAGCGUGACAGUGUAUACUUUGUGGCGGUCAAUAUUCUAGAUAUAUCAUUACUGUGCCACUGACUUGGCUGCUGCUUGAACACAUUUAACUGUCUGAAUGAGAACCAGUGGAUGAGACUGUAGAUUAAACACCUUAGGGAUCACACCAAUAUUAAGUAUGUUCCCUCUUAGCUUUUAUUUAUUCCCCUCCAUUAUGAAUGUUAACUAGUAGUGCUAGGAUUAACCUAUUUAGGAAAAACCUGGAAAUGUCAGGGACAAACCUCAAAGUAAUUCAUUUUCUUGUUCCUUAAAGUUAAUAAUAACGAUGAUGACGAUUUCAAAAGAUAAUAAAUGCAUACUUUGUGUUCUCCCGGGGCAACGGAAUGGCCUGUUGUAUUGCAUUUUUGAAGUCAAUUUAUUACAUGAUUACAUUAUUAACUGUAAUGUAAUCAUGAUGGCGGGUGUUGUGUAAGGUGUACUUCCAGCCACAGAGAGGACGGACUGUGGUUUUGAUCAGAGUAGAACCCCUGCGUGCAGUUCGUUUAUAUGCUCCCGUCUCUAAUAAACUCCUCAACCUCAUCCUUAA